AUUGUGGUAAUAACCAUGAAACAUGUAUAGCUUAUCAGUUAUCAUUCAGGAAAUGUAAAAUAUUAAAUUGCAAUAAUAAUAUACUUAAACAAAUUAAUGCCAGUCGAGCAUUGUCCUGAGGAGAGGCUCAGUGGCUCUACUGCAUGUGCUCUUAGUACCUAGUGACUAGUGGUAGUAGUGGGGAUCAUGCUUUUCAUAAAAGAUUUAGUUUUGUUACUAACAUUUUAUGGUGUGAUAGAGAGCAAACAUUUCCGUUCAGACUACACGUACCACCAGGACGUGGACGGAUGGCUGAAGCUCCACGCUGUACCCGGCACGUGGCACGACGCCCGACAGAGGUGUUACUUGGAAGGUGCAGUGUUAGCUUCACCUGUAAGUGCAUACAUGCAGAAUGCACUCCGUUUCGAAAUGAAUAAGUCAUCGUCAGAAUGUGCAGGCAUCUACGUCGGAGUUCAUUCGCUCUUCUCUAAAGGAUAUUUUUACUCUCUUGAAGGAGUGCCUUUGUCCAAAAUGCCCGUGCAAUGGCUGCCAGGGGAGCCUGACAAUGCUGGCAAUAACGAGGAAUGCAUCGCCUACGUGCACGGUAGAGUGGCAGACGUGAACUGCUCGGAGGUGCUCCCGUUCGUAUGCUACAAGAAAAGCACUGAAAACAUGUCUGUUAUGCCGUGUGGAACUACCGACAGAGCAUACGAGUUUAGCGCGAAAACUGGUAGUUGCUACAAGCUUCAUAAGACCCCGCUGAUAUGGGCCCAGGCUUUCAAGGUCUGCUCAGCGGAAGGAGGCUAUCUGGCUAUAAUCAACAGCAGAGAUGAGGCUUCUGUUAUAAAGGAUAUUAACAGUCGUCACAAUCCAACUGGUUCAAAAUUUGAAGUCACAUACAUUGGUUUGGUUGAUUGGAGCAAAGAUCGUGUGUGGAGAACUGUACAUGGACAACUUUUAGAAGAAGUAGGAUACGCUGAGUGGGGGAUAGGACAGCCGGACAAUGCAAGCCCGGGCGAGCACUGCGGAGGCAUGUUCCCUAACGCCAAGCUGGACGACUACUGGUGCGACCGGGUGGCGAAGUUCCUGUGCGAAAAGGACCCAGACAGUUUACAGGAUUGAUCACCAUCAUGAUCAUCUUCUUCUUGUCCUUAAUACCACGUUAUGUGGGGUCGGCACAACAUGUCUAUCUCUUCCACUCCCUUCUGUCAUAAUAAGUCAACGCAUUUUCCACCCCUUUUACACACAUGUCCUCUUUCACACAAUCCAUCCAUCUUUUCUUUGGUCUUCCUCUCCUUUUUUUCCUUCCACAUACAUAUAUAACAAGAUUGAUCACCAUCAUCAUCAUCUUACAUUACAUCAUCAUCGUUAACCGCUAGACGUCCACUGCUGGGCAUAGGU